ACCAGGACCAGGCCCAGGCCCGCGGUGCGCAGCGCCCCGGACGGACCGAGCGCGUGUGCCCCCCGCGGCGCGCACCACCCGCGCACACGCGCACACGUGUGCGCUGCCGCUCGCUCGCCCGCCUCCGGGCGCUCCUCGGCGAACACGCGAGCCCGGCCCGGCGCAGCCUGGCCUUUCAUCCCCGCCGGCCGCGGAGCCGAGUUCAGAUCCACCCGCGCCGGGACCGCGCCUGAGCUCCGCCGCCUCCUCCCAGGUCCCCGCCUCCUCGCUCCAGCUCCAGGAAAACUUUCUUUACUCCCCAAAGUCAGGGUCCCCCCGCCCGUCGCACAUUAAUAUUUCCACUUUCGGAACGACCUGCGUUUUUUUUAACGGAAAUCAAGCAAGAUACGUUUUUCUAUUGGGCAUUGACUCUCGAUUGCUCGCCAAAGUUUCCUAUUAAAAAACCCCCAAAACCAACAACUCUACCCGAUCUGUACUUUUGAGAAUUACUGGUUUCUGUUUUUGUUUUUUCUCUUACUUUACAAAAAAACCUUUUUUCUCCACUUAAAAAAAAUGCACUCCCGCGUGCUGAGCGCGCUGCUGACCCUGCAUCUGGUGCCUGCGGCGCUCGCCCUGUCUACCUGCAGCUCGCUCGACAUGGACCAGUUCAUGCGCAAGAGGAUCGAGGCGAUCCGCGGGCAGAUCCUCAGCAAGCUGAAGCUCACCAGCCCCCCGGACGACUUCCCCGAGCCCGACGAGGUGCCCCCGGAGGUCAUCUCCAUCUACAACAGCACGCGGGACCUGCUGCAGGAGAAGGCGAGCCGCCGGGCCGCCGCCUGCGAGCGCGAGCGCAGCGACGAGGAGUACUACGCCAAGGAGGUCUACAAGAUCGACAUGCGCUUCUUCUCCGAAAAUGCCAUCCCGCCCCCUUUCUACAGACCCUACUUCAGAAUCGUCCGAUUUGAUGUCUCGGCAAUGGAGAAAAACGCUUCCAAUUUGGUGAAAGCAGAGUUCAGAGUCUUUCGUUUGCAGAACCCAAAAGCCAGAGUGCCCGAGCAACGGAUCGAGCUGUACCAGAUUCUCAAGUCCAAAGAUUUAACCUCUCCAAACCAGCGCUACAUCGACAGCAAAGUUGUGAAAACAAGAGCGGAAGGCGAGUGGCUGUCCUUCGAUGUGACGGAUGCUGUCCAUGAGUGGCUUCACCAUAAAGACAGGAACCUUGGAUUUAAAAUAAGUUUACACUGUCCCUGCUGCACCUUUGUGCCAUCUAAUAAUUACAUCAUACCCAAUAAAAGUGAAGAGCUAGAGGCAAGAUUUGCAGGUAUUGAUGGCACCUCCACAUAUACCAGUGGUGAUCAGAAAACUAUAAAGUCCACUAGGAAAACAAACAGUGGGAAGACCCCACAUCUCCUGCUAAUGUUAUUGCCCUCCUACAGACUUGAGUCACCACCGUCUAACCGGCGGAAGAAGCGUGCUUUGGAUGCGGCUUAUUGCUUUAGAAAUGUGCAGGACAAUUGCUGCCUGCGUCCACUUUACAUUGAUUUCAAGAGGGAUCUUGGGUGGAAAUGGAUUCAUGAACCCAAAGGCUACAAUGCCAACUUCUGUGCUGGGGCCUGCCCGUAUCUGUGGAGCUCCGACACUCAGCACAGCAGGGUCCUCAGCUUGUACAACACCAUAAACCCAGAGGCCUCUGCAUCUCCGUGCUGUGUGUCGCAGGACCUGGAGCCGCUCACCAUCCUCUACUACAUCGGCAAGACCCCCAAGAUCGAGCAGCUCUCCAACAUGAUCGUCAAGUCCUGCAAAUGCAGCUAAGGUUCCUGGAAAGGUGGCAAGAGGAACAUCGAAAACAACAAUCACGCUGAUGUGCUCGACAAGAAAACAUAAGCGAACCUUGGUUCCUCUGUGUUCAGGAUUAUGAGCAAAGCGGUACUAGUCCCAAGACUUUGGAAGUGUGUGUUCUGUUUGUUAAAACUGGCAUCUGAAACAAAAAAGUAAAAUAGAAGGCCGUAUUCUACAUUUCACCUACUUUUUAAGUGAGAGAGACAAGAAGCAAAAUCUUUUUCUUUUAAAGCAAAAAAUAAACACUGGAAGAAUUUGUUAGCAUUAAUUAUGUGAAAGAAAAAAAAUGAAAACCAGGAGAAUCCCGGUCAGCGGAGUUGCUGUCGUUGUGUCCCCUUCCGUGUGCUACACUCACGAUUGCCAUGCAGUAGACACCGGCCCAUCCUCCUCCGAGAUUUAGCAGCGAGUUAUUUAUUGUGUGUUACUAUAUAAUGAACGUUUCACUGCCCUGGGAAAAUAAAACAAGUGUGUAAAGUGGAGACCAAAUCCUUUGCCAGAAACUCAUGGAUGGCUUAAGGAAACUUGAACUCAAACGAGCCAGAAAAAGAGGUCAUUAAAGGGGUGAAAAGCCCCGUGAGUUAUUGUAUGACCGAGCAAGUCUGCCUUAAGACAAAGACCGGAAAGCACAUGCUAUGUAUCGACUGCUUAAGGAAGAUGUACGUAGGGUUCAAACACUAAAAAGCCUGUUAAUAAGAAAAAUUCUCAGCCAGAAUAAAUCUGUAAGAUUUUUUUUUCCUUUUAAUUGUAUAUGGUUCUUUGUCAGUUUAGUAAACUAGUGGAAUGUUGAAAUGUUUUGACACGUACUGGUCAAACUUAAGACCUUCAAGUGUUGCUGUAUAGCUAUGCUACAGAUUUUCCCUUUGUUUUGGGGUAUGUAACCCUACCUGUAUUAUUAAAAUAGAUGGGUUUAGAAGCCAGCAUAAUUGAAAACACACCUGCAGAUCUCCUUUGCAAACUAUUAAAUCAAAACAUUAACUACUUCACAUGUAAUGUGUAAAUUCUUACCAUAUUUUUUAUAUUCUGUAAUAAUGUCAAUUAUGAUUUAGAUUGGACUUAAAUUUGAACUCUUUAAUUAUCACUCACAAUUAAUUGUAUGUUUCCUUUAGCUGGCCAGUAUUUUCACUAAAGCCCCUAGAUUUUGCCUUGUACUACAAAGAUAUUUUUUAAUAAGAUUUGCUCUCCUGUGCUUUGUGUAUUGUCCAUUUCUAUGACAUAAGCUAUCUGUGUCUGUUUGUCUUUUUUUUUUCUUUUACAAAAAGAAUAGAUGGAAUUUAGUGGUCUUUCUUCAUCUUUUGAUCAUCAUUACUAAUCAAGUCAUGUUAAAAAACAUCUAUGUUAGGAAAAUGGGAAAUGCUAUGGAAACAUAGAUAAUCGGGGGAAAUGUUCUGAUUUUCACAGAAUCUGAGGAUCUGAACUCAGAAUCCUGGUGGCUGAGUUAAUGUGGUCCAGUUAGUAUUUUUUGCAGAAUUUUACUGUCAUUAAAAGGCAAGCAGUUCAGGAAAUACCUUUUCCUGUUAAGGGGAAAUGGAAGGGUGCACAUUUUAGGUACUUUUGAAAGGGUGAAAACAUCCAGGUCACGGUUACUCAUGUCACUUAUUUCACUAAGUUAAGGCUUUUGGUAGAUCUUCUUGAAAGGUUGAAAAGACACAAGCCAAAUUCUCCCAUGAUCAACAUAUUCUCUUUCCUCUGAGUGCAAGUUAUCUAGAACUGGGGCUAGAGGUUUUACUUGGCUUACAGAAAUGACUUGUCACAUCAUUUUGGAGGAGGUACCUCAUGCCUGGGUUUGCAGGGUACAUGUCACUUAUUUAGUUUUCAGAUAAAAAUUCAUAGGCAAAUCAUGAAGUUGCACCUAAGGGCAGUGGAGUAAGACAGGAAUGGUAUACUUUCCUGUUGGAAUUUCCUGACCAUCAUUAAGAUGAAGAAUUGGAUUCGCAAAUUUGAAAACUGGAAAAGCAAACUAGAGAGGGUGCCACAACACUGAGCAGCUCUCACAUCAGGUGUAACCCAAUCCCAGACUGUGUUGGGCUUUUCCUCCUCCACUUUCCUGUUAAUUCUGUGUAAAUCACUUUUAUUUCUGCAGGUAUUUUCCUCUGAGAUAAAAUGACAUUUUGUUUUGUAUGAGUUUGUCUUUCCUUAUGAAUGCACUGAUAAUAUUUUAAAUGCUCUAUUUUAAGAUCUCCUGAAUCUUUUUGUUUUCAAUUGGGGGAUUCUACAAGGUCUUUAUUUCCCGUAAAUAAAUGUUGCCAUGGGAGGGGAGGGCGGAGGUUGGAAGCGAGAAGUGUUAGUAGGCCGGCGGGCAGCAGUGUAUAUGUGUUAAGCAGCAGUACAAUUUUGUGGUUGGCAUGGUUAAAAAAUUGGAAUAUAAGAAUAGCUGUUUUGUACUUUGACGACCAAUUAUGCUGUAUUUUAACACAAUGUAUGUCUGUUUUUGUGGUGCUCUAGUGGUAAAUAAAUUAUUUCAAUUCUGUA